CUGCUCUGCCGUCUACAGUGCUGACAGAUCAAGGCAACAAAUUUCAAUUGCUGGUCCCAACAUUUUCUUGCCCGCAGAGUGCUUGCAACACAUGUCAGUCUUCCCGGCUCAGUAAAAGUUAGGUCUCUCUUUCAGACCAGAACAAGACGAGUGAAUUAAUCGCAGUGCUGGUGGAUGCACAUUGAAAAGUACUGGGUAAUUCUUUUUAACUUGACAGUUCUUACGCUUUCUGGAUUGUGGGAUGGCAGAGAAAAGGAGAUCGCCUUGUACAAUGAGUUUAAAGGCUCAUGCUUUUUCGGUGGAAGCCCUCAUUGGGGCGGAAAAGAAAAGAAAGUUGGACGAGGAUAGCGAUAAUUGUUUUGAGGUGAAUGAAAUUUCGAAUCAGGACGAGAGCAUGCAGAAGGACGAGAGGAAUUGCUCCAGCCAAAGAGGCUGUGAAAUUGACUGUUCAAGUGACAGAUCCCCUGAGUGUGACGAUGUUUUGUUGGAAAGCCCUUCUCCGUCAAUGUCAGCGCCUCCAGUGAUACCUUCUCAAGGUGGUCCUGGCGCUGCAGAGACCCAAGUGGACCUUCAAGGAGCAGAUCUCUGGAAGCGGUUUCACGAGAUCGGAACGGAAAUGAUCAUCACUAAAGCUGGGAGGCGGAUGUUCCCAGCAAUGAGAGUGAAAAUCUCGGGUCUGGAUCCUCAUCAGCAGUAUUACAUAGCGAUGGAUAUCAUCCCAGUGGAUAAUAAACGAUACAGGUAUGUGUAUCACAGCUCUAAGUGGAUGGUAGCUGGCAAUGCUGACUCCCCGGUCCCACCUCGAGUUUACAUCCACCCUGAUUCCCCAGCUUCUGGAGAGACAUGGAUGCGACAAGUCAUCAGCUUCGACAAACUCAAGCUUACUAACAACGAACUCGAUGACCAGGGACAUAUAAUCCUUCAUUCGAUGCACAAGUACCAACCCAGGGUCCAUAUUGUCCGCAAGGAAUAUGGAGAGGAUCUCUCUCCCGUAAAAGCUGUUCCUGUUGGUGAAGGGGUUAAAGCAGUCUCCUUCCCUGAAACAUCUUUUACUACCGUCACAGCAUACCAAAAUCAACAGAUCACCAGACUAAAGAUUGACAGAAACCCAUUUGCAAAAGGAUUUCGCGAUUCAGGUCGUAAUAGAAUGGGCUUAGAGGCUUUAGUAGAAUCCUAUGCAUUCUGGAGACCCUCACUGAGGACUUUGACAUUUGAGGACAUACCUGGAAUCGCUAAGCAAGGGUGCCCAGGAUCCCCCUCUAUUCUCCAGAGCACUGCAAGCGGGGUCCCCUCUACUCACGCACACCUCCUCUCUGGCUCGCCGUGUUCCUCCCCUUCAUUUCACCUGGGACCCAACAGCAGCCAGCUCUGCAACCUCAGCCCUGCAGAUUACACAGCGUGUAGCCGCUCAGGACUGGCUCUGAACCGGUAUGGCAACACCCUCGCUGAGACCUAUAGCAGGCUUGCUAGUCCCACCAGUGACACCUUUGCUCCACCUAGGACUCCUUCCUAUGUUGGGAUGAACAGCGGCAACAUGACCAUGGCUGGGAGCGAUGGAGAAACCUUCAGCUGCCCUCAGACGGGUCUGCCUAUUCAGAUUUCUCGUAUGCCCUCCCCACAACUCCAGUACAUCAUGCCGAGCCCACCAGGCAAUACCUUCUCUGCCAAUCAGGCACACCAAGGAACCUAUAACAGCUUCAGGCUCCACAGCCCCUAUGGUUUAUAUGGAUAUAACUUCUCCACUUCACCAAGACUGGCAGCCAGCCCAGAGAAAAUCAUGUCCUCUCAAGGGAGCUUUCUUGGCUCCUCGCCCAGUGGCACCAUGACCGACAGGCAAAUGCUGUCCACUGUGGAGGGUGUGCACAUGCUCAGCAGUGGCCAGCAGAACCAAUUCGACUCAAGGACUUUGGGAAGCCAUAUAAGUUCAUCCUCUCAAGUUCCAGCACAUACGGUUUAAACAUGGACGCUUAGUACUUGUAGAAGUACACUGUGACAUUUCUGUAGCAAAAAAAUAAAAAAAAAAAGUUUAAAUUGCAGCAUCUGCUUGUAAGGACUUAAUGGAGAUUAAAUUGUUUUACUUAUGAACAACUGAGUAGUUUCAAAGUACAUGUAGUAAAGGUAGAGCACUGAGGUGAUGCAAGUCAGUUAACAUACAAUAUGGGUCAUCAUUAUUUAUCCAUUGCCAAAGUGCCCUAGGGUGUUUACACUAUGUGACUCUAGACUGAGAUAACAUGCCAUCACCUCCCCUAUACAGCUCAAUUGAAAACAUUUCAUUUAAUGUAAUAUAUUUAUAUAUAUAUUGUAAAGCAUGACGAAAAAGUCCUGAGUAAAGGACAAAAGCAGUGCCUACACCAAAUAUGUGUUUACUGUAGCACAAAAACUAUGUUGCAGUUAAAUAUGAAAAGCUUAUAAUAAUGGCACUUGGAAUAAAGAGUCAAGAAAAAGAAUAUGUGACUGUUUCAAAAACAUUACACUAUCAUCUCUCACUUGUGUGCAGAGAGGUGUUUAUAAUUCCCAAGUAUCUUGUGGUUAUAUAAGCAAAGCGAAAGAGCAUCUUACUGUAUGUUGUACAUGUUUUAAGAGUCAAGACUGUCUUAAUAUGUAUUUUAUAGAGAUCAUAAAAUGACACUUAAACCACUUACAAAGGAAUACAUAUAUAUCUACAUAUCUAUAUCUAUAUAUAUAUAUAUAUAUAUAUAUAAAUAUAUAUAGAUAGAUAGAUAGAUAUAGAUAUAUAUAUAGUAUCCUAUUACACUUAGGGUACAAAAUAGAAGAAAUAUAGGAAUCCAUCUUUGUGAAUAGUAGUCGUUGUGGUUUAUCUUAAAGAUUCACUUGUUCCUGUUAUGUUUGAAUUUUAAUUUGUUCUAUACAAGAUUUUGUGCCAUAUUCAAAAAGCCAUUGUUGUGAAUGUACAUUUAAAAAUAUUUUUUAAACAACUCUGUAUUUCUAAUGCUAAAUGUCCUUAUUUGUUAUCUAACUUUGUGAGUGUUGUCCCCCUUCCCCUCACUGUGUUUAAAUCAUGCACAUUAAUGCACAGUGUACUAAUGAUACCAAAAAACUUGCAAUAAAAAUGUAAA